GAUGGGAUUUCUGGGAAUUCAUGAGAACGAAAGCAAGCUGGCUGACUGACAGGAUCAAAGGAAUUGCUCCAAAAUAUUCCAAACUUAAUUUACUUAAUUUGUUCUUUUCUGCACUUUAUGGAGAGUUGAGGGACGUGUGUGCUUUGACUUUUAAAAAGUGAAAACUGAAUUUGAGACGUGAAGACAGUUUGGGACUUUCUGAACUGAAGCUGGGGGAGAGGUCAUUUCUGUUUGAAAACGAUUUCAAAGGGAAAGGAAGAGAAUAGCAUCAGAGGUUUCCAAUGUCAAAUCCCAACAAUACCAAUCCCACUGGGAAUACAUAUGACUAUGAUAAUCCUGACUAUAUUUAUCAGGAUAUAUUUCCUGACAAACCUGUCAACAAUAGUGACCAAAUUCCAGUAGAAAUAAUACCACUGAAAAACCAAUUCAAAUAUGUGUUUAUUGUGUCAUACUCUGUCAUUUUACUUCUUGGUGUCGCACUGAACGGGUUGGUGAUCUGCAUGGUGAGUUGCAAGAUGAAGAAGACACCCAGUGCCAUUUGGUUCCUCUGCUUGGCGGUCACUGACUUCCUAUUCUGUCUUUUUCUGCCCUUCACUAUCGUUUAUGCAUUGUACGACUUCGACUGGUUCUUCGGACUGUUUCUGUGCAAGGUGAAUUCCUACAUAAUGUUCUUCAACAUGUUCUCCAGUGCCGCCUUCUUGGCCAUCAUCAGAAUUAACCACGGUAUUUACACCGGCUUUGCCUGUGCUCAGAACUUCUGCACUGCAAACGUAGCUCGAAAUGUGGCCUUGCUUACCUGGUUUGUCUCUGCAAUCUUAAGCAUUCCAUCACUCGUGAUCCGCAAUACCUCUGUCGAGGAUGGGAAAACGAUUUGCUUUGACAAAUACGACAUUUUCAACGAUACCUCAGCUCAGAGAAUGAAUCAUCAGGUCGUGCUCUCAAGCAGGAUUUUGUGCAGUAUAGCGAUUCCUUAUUUAAUUAUAUGCACUGUUUCAUUUUUUAAAAGGAGCCGCUCCAAGGCGUAUAAGAUCACUCGCUUCAUAAUUGUUGCUUACUUUAUCUGCUGGGUGCCCUACCAUGUGCUCAUGACUCUAGCGUUAUACCCUGAGCAGUUCAAUAAAGAAGUAUUUGUUAUUGGGAUGCCCAUAGUCAAUGUGCUUGCUGCUGCAAAUAGUUGCAUGAAUCCUGUCAUCUACAUUUGCAUGAGCCGGGACUGCAAGAUGUCGUGGAUGGAGAAUGCGUUUAGCAGAAAGUCAUUUAAAACAAGUCCCCAGCUAAGAAGGAUAAAUCCUGAACGAGAGAUAGUCUCAGAAACCAUUGCCUUGGAGAUUGCAGAAAGUCAGUGAGCAUUUCGAUUGUAUCAGAAAAUAGCUGGUUUAGGGUUCGAGUUAAGUUUAGGUUAGUGGGAUUAGGGUUAGGUUAGUGGGGUUAGGGUUAG